AUGAGACUUUUGCUGAUGCUUAGGAGAGGUUCAAAGGGUACACAAGUCAGUGCCCCCAUCAUGGCUUCCACAAUGAGUCUUAGCUCUCUACUCUUUAUAGAGGUUGCUUGGCAAGGUACAGAGAUAUGUUGGACACAGCCAGCAAUGGGAACUUCCUCAAUCAGGAUGUUGAUGAUGGCUGGCAGCUUGUGGAAAACAUUGCAAACUCCAAUGGAAGCUAUGGAGAAGAGUAUGAUCGCACCAACCGGAGCUCGACCCACCACUCGAUCGAGUCGGAUGAGAAAUACUUCGGAUGGUAUGAAAGAUGUCAAAUCGUUAAAUGAGAAGUUGGAUAAGCUUAUCUUAGCUCAGUCCACAAUGAAGAAGGUCAAUUUUGUGUCUGCUGAAGAGAUGGAACCAGUCCAAGAAGGGGAGGAUACACAAUUUGUUGAAGUGUGUUACAUGAGCAAUGGGCAGGGAGGUUACAACAAAGGAUACUAUAAUUACAAGUCCAACCCAGCCAUGUCAAACCGAAACACUGAUGCUGCUAACCCUCAGGACCAGGUUUAUCCUCAACAAGAGCAAGCCCGAUCGAGUCAAGCCCUAAAAACAACUACCAAGGCGUUGAUACUGGAAAAGGGUUUCGACUUUCUCUUGCACUUGAUCUUGUACUCAAUCUUCCCAUUUGUGAACUUGGAUGGCAACAGAGUCAGGGUAAGCUGGGAUGGAGUGCUUGAGAGAGUCUGA